ACACUGUAAAGUGCAGCAGGCAAAAAAUAUGGUAAUUAAGGGCCUGAUCAAGUAAAUCACUCAAGUAUGUCUUUAACCUUAAGCACAUGAGCAAUCUAAUUAAAAGAGAGCAUAGAUAUUCAUGUUAGUAACAAAGCCACCUUUGGAUCAAUAGUUCUGUCAAUUGCAAACAUGAGCCUUCCCGUCCAAUAAGAAAUGUGCUGUAUUGCAACAAAAUAACCCAUUAACCCACACAAAUUAACUUUGUUAACUUAAAGAAACGCAUAUUGUAACUAUAACUACCUCCUAAUAUAUGAUGUUGGUAUUGUCAUUUGGUAGCAUCGCGAGUUACGAAUGUCUAAAAAUACCUUGCAAAGGUAUCUUUGGCCAAUGUACAGAUCAUACCUUAUGAGCUGAGAUUGUUUGCUUCUGUUGCCUACAUAUAACCUACCUGCAAAAGCAACUUUUCUCCUUAACUCAUCACAAAAUUAAUCAGCAUUCUUUUUCUGGAAAGCUUUUGAGAGGAAACAGAAGUUCUUUUACUGAGUUUCUUAGUCUUUUCCAAGGGUAGAGUUCUUGGGAGAAUCCCACUACUAAUUAUUAUCUGUUUGGAAUGGGACUGUUAGUUCCUACUCUUCAACAAGUUUUUAGUCCAUUUGAAAACCUGCUACUUGUCUGUGAAGGAACUAAUUUUGGUGUGAGACCAUUUCAGAUGCUAUGCUGGUUCUGCGUUAUCUGUGUACUUACCAGCACCAGUGUUCACCUCCAGCAGGUUGGAAAUGCAGGAUUUCCUGCAGGCUGAGACAGGCUGAGGUUUAUGAAGAAAUGUAAAAUGUUUAGACUGAGAACCAAAUAAGAAGUAAUGUCUUACCAAGGAUCAAUGUAUCUAUUGUGUUUGAAAUAUUUAAUUUGGAAAGUAUAUUGCUAUUAUAGAGCAGUUCUAAAAUUAACUAAGCUUGCAGAAGCAUAGUGAGCUUUCUUUUAACAAAAAAUAAGAUCAGAAAAAAAAUCAGUUUGAGUAUUUAGCAGAGGAGUUUCUACAGUAAAUAGAUUGUAUUUCAGACAGAAGUGACUGAUACUAGUUUGAAACCUUGCUUCAAAUGAAAGUUGUGUAAAUGGGUUAGAACCAGAAAACUGGUAAGGUAGGGAAAAAAAGAGUCAGACUGUGUAGUUGGAGUAUUUCUGGAGCAUGAUAGGGUUUGGUUUUUUUUUUUUUCUUCUUGAUUUAACAAGUUGAAAAUCUGCUGAAUAAUUCAUGAAGAGUGGAAGGGCUGAAUCUUCCUGGAAUGAUAUACAGUGUGCGUACUGUGGCACAGGAGAAACUGCAAAGCUUUGUAUCAGUUGCUGCCGUUCCUGCUGCCGACUGCAAGGUGCUGCUGCUUUUGGUGUUUUCACAGCUACAGAAACCUCAGUCGUGCUCUGGUCUGCCAACAGCCAUUUGCCUCCCUAUGGACCCACCUUCACUAGCUACAAUCUGUGGAAUCUCUUGCUGCCUACCUGCCUUGGACACUGCUGUUCUCUGGAUCGUUACUGCAAACUGUGUUUUCUGCACCUUGCAGCUUGUAUGACUGAAACCUGCCUUAGAGUCCCUCAGCUGCACAUCCUCCCGUGUGCUUGGUGAGGACUCCUGCAGCUGAACUUCUGACCCAGACAAGGAUGGGAUUUACAGGGCAAAGUCAAAACUGAGCUGCAUUCAGCGAGAUGCCCAACGCCUCUUCCUGGAGUGCUAGCUCGCCUCUGCUGCUGCUCUGGGAGGACUCCUCCGGGACCCGCAUCUUUCUCUCGCUGCUCUACGCAGUCUUAGCUAUCUCAGGGACUUUAUCCAAUGUGAUGGUCAUCUAUUUAGUCUUCUCCUUCAAGAAGCUGCAGACAACCAGCAAUGCCUUCAUCGUGAACGGCUGUGCGGCAGACCUAAGCGUGUGCGCCCUGUGGAUGCCCCAGGAGGCUGUGCUGGGGCUGCUGCCUCCCAAUUCCUCCUCCCUUCGCUCGGCGGAGUAUCGGCUGCUCCGAGGGGGGCUCCUGGGCCUCGGCCUCACCGUCUCGCUGGCUUCGCACCUGCUGGUGGCUUUCAACAGGUACGUGCUCAUCACCAAGCUGCCCAGCGUGUACCAGGCCCUCUACCAGCGGAAGCACACGGGCUGCAUGAUCGGGCUCUCCUGGGCCCUCGCCCUGCUCCCGGUCCCGCUGCUGCCCGGGCUCUGGACCCUGGGCUCGGCCCAGUCGGACGGCAGCUCUCGCUACACUGCCCUGCUCCUCGCCCUGGCCGUGCUGGGCCAGACGGCGCUGCUGCUGCACUGCUACCUCGGCAUCGUGCGGCGGGUGCGGGGCAGCGCCAAGCGGGUCAGCGUCCUCAACUUCCACCUGCUCCACCAGCUGCCCUUCCCCGCCGCCCCGCCGCCGCCCCGCCGCUCCCAGCGCCGCCUCAGCAGCGUCUCCGUCCUGCUGCUCUGCUGCGUGUUCCUGCUGGGCACCCAGCCCCUGGUGUGGGUGAGCCUCCUGGGCUUCUUCCUGCGCCCGGCGCCGCCGGCGCUGCAGGCCGCCAGCUGGCUGCUGCUCUGCUCGCUCUCGGCGCUCAACCCGCUGCUCUACACGUGGCGCAGCGAGGAGUUCCGCCGGGCCGCCCGCUCCGUGCUGCCCCGCGCCGAGGGCCCGGGGGCCGCCCCGCGCCCCAGCGCCGCCGCGGGCGCCGCCGCCGCCCCGCCCUGCCCGCAGCUGCCGCGCCGCCGGGGCACGGGCACGGCCACGGGCACGGGCACGGGGAGCGGCGCCAGCGCCGCGGCCGCGCCGCGCUGAGGGACCCGCGCGGGACCCGCUGAGGCCGCUCCCGCCCGCCGGGCAGCCGAGCCGCCCCGGCCCCCUCCGCGGCAGCGCUCCUUCCUUUACGCAUUCUCCUGUCGCUCCUCUCUGAGCCCGCGCGCUUCUCCCCAGCUCCCUUUCCCACCGCACGGACAGGCAGCCGCAGGCUCCGGCUGCUUUCCCGAGGCACCGGGACGGACACCAGAGCGGGAUGUCCCGUCCGCCCCCUCAGCCCCGCUCCCGCUCCGCCCCCGGCAGCCGGGCAGGACUCCAGCCAAGGCGGUGGAUUUGGGAAUCUGGGAAAACCGGUAAAUAUGGCAACGCACGUAACUGUGGUUAUACUCUAAAGAUUUCAGUAUGAGACAGGCAUCUAGACAGCUCUUUCUGAGAUGUACUGCAAGUUUGUUUUUGUAAAAUCGAUGUGAUUCUUUCAGCGUUUGAAGUAGCUCUUUGAAGUGAGCUCCCUGAACACCAGGUUCGUUUGUGAAGAGCUGACAGGUGUCUCAUUGCACACACAGACACCAGGAGCUGCUUCCUUUCCCCGAGGUUACCUAAUCUCUAUGCUCCAGCUUUCCCUGGCAAACUUCUAGAUGAUGCUGUCUGUGGAAACUGUUAAAAAGGAAAACACAUAUACCUUUGUGGAUCCAGUCUGGAUAUUUUGUUUUGAAACCUCUUUAAGACCUGUUUUGGCAAAGGUCUCUGCCUAUGUUAAUGCACUUGAUAAAAUACAACACAGUAUGGAGGCUGGUGUUGUCCAUCUAACCUUGUCACCUCUUCAGUUACCAGUUUGUUGUGUUUCUCUUAAAUGCGUUUUUACUGAAGUGUGAUUUCACAGCCUCUGCUAAAUACAAAAUGACAGAUUCUCUGUGGCAUUUGGAAAGGAGACAGCUCCUCACACUGAAACUGCAGUGGUGAGUGCUGCGGCCCCAUUCCUCCAAGGAAUGAUCUUAAAAUCCUUAUAUUUCCUUCUCUAUUGCUUGACCACCUUCUUCCUCUUUUCCAAUGCAGUUGCUAUUGUUUUUAUGUUGAUGAUACUCAGUGCUCUGUUUGCUUUUUUGGCUGGAAAGAAGGUAAUUGUUUUCUGAAUCCAUGGUCAUCCACAAGCAGUAUCACCUAAAUUGCGCUUACUUGAGAAGAAGAAUGGACACAUGGGAACAUCUGAAAUUUUGUCACAGCAAGUUUGUUGUGACAAACUUGUUUAUUAUUUGUGUAUUAACACAAACUUAGCAGCUCUCUUGAGGAUAUUUGAACGAUGGGACAAUAACAAGAAAAAGACAUACAUGACAGGUAUAACAUAAAAGGCCCUCUGGCUAUAUUUUAUAAUGCUCAACACGCUUGCCUUAUCUGAUGAUGUUUGAGUUUCCACAGAAAUUGCUUUAAGAGUAAGGGAAGAAUUUCGAUUUUUCUCAAAUUUAAGAGCUUCUAGGUGUCUGUGAUACAACAAUGCAUCUACAAUUCCCAUACCAAUAUUUAAUUUUUCGAAAUAAAAAAUCCCCAUCAUCACAGAAAAGAUUCUUAUCAAGGUCGGGAUUUGACAAAGACAAGGAACAAAGGCUUGAAAAGGAAAAUUUAAAGUAUUAUCUUGACAUCUUGAAAAUUUAUCAAUAUCCUGAAAACAGCUUCAGCCACUUGCAAGGACCUGUGGGAAAGUAAGAGAAGUUUCCUUGAGUCUGAGGCUUACAGAGAGCUUCUUCCUCCGUCUUGGAGACAGUGUUCCUCUGAGAAGGAUGGGUAGGGCUAGCAAGGAAACAUGGACAUACAAGAUAUACAAGAUUUGUUUUAUCAACACUGUGCACAUAUCUUGGAGAGUGAAAGAGCCACUCUAACCUUGUUGUAAUCUCUCAUCCCAGUCAGAGCGGCUGUGCUUCGGCUAACUUUGUGCAGCAAAUGGAGAAGGAAAACUGUUUCAACCACAGCUAUACCAAUACUGGAAAAUAUUCUGGUUCACUUCCAAAAUAAAGCUAAACCAAGGCCCACCCAAGGGUAGGACCCUGUUCAACUAUAAAAUCAUCCUUAGGCUGGAACCCACAGAGAAGGAUCCGCAUUACCACUUCCCACCAUAGUUAAAGGGACUGAAGACACUUGGUAAAGCACAGUACUGGGCCCAUAGGCAAAAAAAAAUCAAACUUUAAAAUAAAAACUUAGGCAACUCUUCUCCCCUGUUUUUGGCUAUGGAACACAUUAGUCUAGAAUUAAAGCAAUAACCUGUUUCAGAAUUCAAUGUCCAAACCAUCAGAUAACUGGAACUUCUGGGCUUCUUCCCUUGUAAAAUAGCAUGCAAAUUAAAUCUGAAAUGCCUGUAUUUUAUAUAGACUACAUUUUAAAUGUAAACAUGUAUAAAAAUACUAUGAUGUACAAAACUCCAGACAGCUAUCCUUAUGCUAUGCAUCAAUUCCAGAGAACAACUGGAAAUCCCUUGGAAAGUUUGAUGUAAUUACAUCUGACUGUAAAUCUUUAACUGUUUUAAGAUACUCAGGUGACCUAAAUAGCAUUACACAGAAUUUUAAUUUAAAGUAAUUAAGACAGAGUAUUUGUCUCAAGAUCAGUUUCUCUGAGAACUUACUGCUCAGAAAAGUUCUGUAUGCCUUGCUCUACAGCCAUAAUCUUUGUAUUCCCACAUUGUAAAUACUCCAUGGUAAACUGCAAUGGAAACUUGGCUUAGCUCAACUUCUCCUGGCUCUGUGGUGCUGCUUCUUGGUUAAGAAAAUGGAUCUGACUGUCAGUUUUUGUCAUCUGUGCUUUACUUUAGAGCUACAUGUGUCCACUGCUAGUUUAAUGCUGACUUUUCUUCAGUGCGAAUUUCUGUCAUGCUCAAACAACUCAUUACAGGCAAAAGGGAUAUGUUGCCAAUUGUCAUUUAAAAUGUCUUGACCAAACAACUUUCAAGAGUUGUAAAUGAAGAUGAUGGAGCAUCCUGCCAGCAAUUUCAAUGAGGUUUGCUUGAACCAAGUAGCUCCUUUGCUCUGGUGUUGUGCCAAGCCAAGUUGUCUGAGCAUGGCCUAACGCUGCCCUUCCUGGAAUGGCUGGCAUUCACAUAUAUUAGCUUGCUUCACUUAUAUUAGAUGGGAGGUGUGAUGUCAUUAAAGCAUUGAAUUUAUUGUACAGUAGUGGAGAUCAGCCACGUUAUUCAUGUGCAAUGGGUGCCUGUUCCUUUGCUAUUUUCUCAGGGGUUCUAGAAAUUUGAAGGUAAAAUUGUGAUGCCUCAAAAUAACACCCUAAGGCAAAAAUAUGGUUAUUGUGAAAAUUGCUUGUAGAGGGUGUUCAUGAAGUUAUAGUUUGGAUUAAAUCUUUUGAACUUACCCUUGAUUUAAGGUAGUUAUAAAAAGCCAUAGAGUUGUUUUCUGGAAUUAGGUAGCCACAACAAUAUGAGCCUCCAGCAAAACUGGGCACUCACUACCCUAAACAAAGGUGUGUAAAAAGUACAGGCAGCAAAGUGGAGCUGGGAAGAUAUGACAAGAGGAGAUGAAGAUAGCAGGAUGGGGGCAUUAAUGGUGUGAUCUUGAGGACACAGAAAAACAUCUGAAAGCCAGAAGAGGCCUGGGAUUAUGAUGAAUUUGACCAUCUCAAGUUAUUUGAUUCUUUAUAUAUGUGAGGAAAUAGAAUUCUAUGCUUUUCAUAAUAAAUAAAAACAUGAAAUUGUA